AUGCCAUUUAAGAAGGAUAUUAGUGAAAACAUACCGUUGGGAGAUUCAAAACAAAUUGCUGAAAAAAGACUUAAUCAAUUAUGGAAACGUUUGUCAAGUAAUCCUGCAAUGAGAGAAUUGUAUGUUUCGCUUUUAAAGGAAUAUGAACUUUUGAACCAUAUGGAAAGGAUAGAAGACAAUUCUGAUUUUGAUGACAGUUAUGAAUAUUUCCUUCCUCAUUAUGGUGUCUUAAAACCAGACAACAAAACUACUAAACUUAGAGUGGUGCUUGAUGCAAGCUCCAAAACUACGAAUAGCUGUUCCUUGAAUAAUUUUUUAUGCAAGGGAGGAGUGAUACAAGAUGAAGUGUUCUCUAUUAUGCUUCGAUUUAGAAAACAUAUCUAUGCCUUCACCGCAGAUAUUGAGAAAAUUUUUAGACAAAUUGAAAUACUGCCUUCACAAACCAAAUUUCUAAAAAUACUCUGGAAAAAUCACGAAAGUAAACCUACUGAAUCCUACAGACUUAAAACCGUAACAUAUGGCACAGCAUGUGCUUCUUACUUGGCACAGAAGACUCUUCAACAAUUAGCAAAAGCUGAAGAGAAGGAUUUUCCUUUGGCAUUGAAAGCUGUUAUAAAAGAAUUUUAUAUGGACGAUUGUCUUACCGGUACUUCUAAUUGA